CGUCUCUCUCUUGGAAAUACUACACAGGAGCGCGCAGGGAGCGCUUUGCUUUUGCAAACACCAGCAGAACACCCUCAAACGCUUGCCCUCUGAAAGCGAGCGCCGCGAUUCAGUGGAUUUGCAGGAACGUAGUUGGAACGUAUUUUGGGGAGGCGAAACGCGCAGCCGCACCAAUUCUCUGAGAUCGUCCAUCUACAGUCUUCGCAUGAAUCUACUAGAUCCCUACCUGAAAAUGACAGAGGAGCAAGAGAAGUGUCUGUCUGAUGCCCCAAGUCCGAGCAUGUCCGAGGAAUCCGCGGGCUCCCCAGGCUCCGGCUCGGGCUCCGACGCCGAGAACACCCGCCUCGCGGCUCCGGACGCGACGCUCGGCGAGUUCAAGAAGGACGAAGACGACAAGUUCCCGGUGUGCAUCCGAGAGGCGGUGUCUCAGGUGCUGAAAGGCUACGACUGGACGCUGGUGCCCAUGCCGGUGAGAGUGAACGGCUCGAGCAAAAACAAGCCUCACGUGAAGAGACCGAUGAACGCGUUUAUGGUGUGGGCGCAAGCGGCGCGCAGGAAGCUCGCGGAUCAGUAUCCACAUCUCCACAACGCCGAGCUCAGCAAAACUCUGGGCAAACUUUGGAGAUUGCUGAACGAGGGCGAAAAGCGUCCCUUCGUGGAGGAGGCUGAGCGCCUCAGGGUUCAGCACAAAAAAGAUCACCCUGACUACAAGUAUCAGCCCAGGCGGAGGAAGUCGGUGAAGAACGGCCAGAGCGAGUCUGAGGACGGCAGCGAGCAGACUCACAUCUCCCCGAACGUCCUCUUCAAAGCCCUCCAGCAAGCAGACUCGCCCGCGUCCAGCAUGGGAGAGGUGCACUCGCCCAGCGAGCACUCAGGCCAGUCCCAAGGGCCUCCCACUCCUCCCACCACUCCGAAAACUGACGCGCAGCCAGGCAAAGUGGAUCUGAAGCGAGAGGCCCGUCCGCUUCAGGAAAGCACGGGACGCCCGCUCAACAUCGACUUCCGCGACGUGGACAUCGGCGAGCUCAGCAACGACGUCAUCGAAACGUUCGACGUCAACGAGUUUGAUCAGUACCUGCCGCCGAAUGGGCAUGCCACCAACGCAUCCUACUAUGCCACCUGGAUGGGGAAGCCUCAAAACGGCAGCCCUCCAAACGCCCAGCUUACUGGAGAACAAGAGCCACCGAGAGCGACGCACAUCAAAACCGAGCAACUCAGCCCCAGCCACUACAACGAUCAGGGUUCUCCGCAGCAAGCCAGCUACGGCUCCUUCAAUGUCCAGCACCUCCAGCACUACAGCACUUCAUUUCCAUCCAUCACCAGGGCGCAGUACGAUUACUCCGACCACCAGGGCGGCGCCAACUCCUAUUACACCCACGCUGGAGGUCAGAGCUCCGGCUUGUACUCCACCUUCAGCUACAUGAGGCCCAUGUACACACCCAUCGCUGACACUGCAGGGGUUCCUUCCAUUCCCCAACCCAACCACAGUCCCCAGCAUUGGGACCAGCAGCCGGUCUACACACAGCUCUCCAGACCCUGAGCAGAUGGGACUCGUUCCGCAUCAUUCCCCAAGUGAAAAAAGUACACUUUCAUAAUGUACUUAAAGUGCUCUAUUGCCA